AACGUGUACAAGUCUGACCUGCAGUGGCUGAGGGGCAUUGGCUGGUCCCCACUUGGAUCAUUGGAUGCUGAGAAGAACAAGAGGGCGAGCGAGAUCCUGAGUGACAAGAAGUAUCGUCAGCACCCAGACACCAUCAAAUUCACCAGCCUUCCUGACUCCAUGCCCAUGGUGCUGGCAAAGCACAACUCCCAAAUCAUGGACCAACGCUCGUACAUCUCAGCCUGGGAGAAGGACAAAACCAGCAUUCACAUCAUGCCAGACACCCCUGGGAUCCUGCUGGCCCAGCAGAACAAAGUGAACUUCAGCGAGAAACUGUACAAGCAGGCGAUGGAGGAGGAGAAGAAGAAGGGCUACGACAUGCGGGCAGAUGCCAUUCCCAUCAAGUCUGCCAAAGCUUCCCGGGACAUCGCCAGUGAUGUGA